AUGGGGUAAGCAGCGUGCUGUUGUUCUGAUAACAGAGCAGACAAGUAAAGUGACAUUAUUACUAACAUCAAUGUAUCUUAUAGACAAUAAGACUUUUAGGGUUUCCAUGAAAGAAAAACCAAUUAAAAUUCUGGCACCAACAAUGGAAAUCAAGCAAACGGUCAUGUUUUAAACAGUGACAAUAACAAUAAUGAUGUUGUAGAAGGUCUUGCUGUUGAUAAAAAUACGAUAUUAAAGAUUAACGCUUGUGGUUUGAUAGCUUCAAAAAGAAAUAAAAGUGAUGGAUGUACAAUAAUAGGAUCAUAAGAAGCAGGUAAAAAUGGUGAGCAUUACAAUGAUUUUGUGAUACCUUCUACUGACAUCGGAAUUGGUAAACGCCAUUUGAUCAUAAAAUAUAACCUGGAUUACAAGGCUUACUACUUGCGAGACUUAGGAGAUGGUUCAGGAACAUUUGUUAGGCUUGAUGUCCCCCUAGUAAAAUUAAUACCCUCCAAUUUCUUUUAGAUUUUGAAACAUGGUUACAUAAUCUCUUUUGGUGAUUCUCACAUGGUAGUCUAAUUUUGCGAUGUUAAGAAUGACAAAAGCUCCAAGAUUCAGUUUAAGUUCCUGGAUGGGCCUAAAACUGAUUAGACUUUUACAUUUUCAGAAAAUUCGGGAAUAAUAAGAAUAGGCAGAAUGACGAAUUACGGACACUGGCAGUUGACAGAUGGUGAUGGAGCAAAGCUGAGUACUAAUGGAACUUGGUUGUUUGUGGACGAGCUAUUUAAGAUUUAUGAUAAUAUGAUAUUCAAAGCAGGAUAAACCCUAUUCAAAGCAAACCUAUUGCCCUCUCCUAAAUGA